CCUGUCCCACCAGGGGGAAGCACAGUGUCUACCUCGUGAGACGCACACAGACAUUACGGACACGAAGAAGAAUGACUUCCGGAAAUCACUGGGAUUUCCUGGAGAGCUAAUGUUAGCUUGAAGCUGGUGGCUGGUUGGACAGAAAGGUGUCAGGCAUGUAUGCCUCUGGGAAGUACAGCUCACGGGGCCCUGCUCUUAUCCCUCGGAUGAAAACCAAACAUCGCAUCUACUACAUCACCCUCUUCUCUGUGGUGCUACUCGGAUUAAUCGCCACCGGGAUGUUUCAGUUCUGGCCCCACUCCAUCGAAUCCACAGCUGACUGGACCCUUGAUAAACGCAGUGUCCAUGAUGCUCCUCUGAUCCGCCUUCCUGUCUCCAGUCUCAUUCCGGAGAGGGGUGACCUCAGCUGCCGCAUGCACACCUGCUUUGAUGUGUACAGAUGUGGCUACAAUCCUAAGAACAGAAUCAAGGUCUACAUCUACCCUCUGCAGCGAUUUGUGGAUGAAUUGGGGGUUCCUAUCAGCAACACUGGACUGUCUCGAGAAUACAAUGACCUUCUGAGUGCCAUCUCCGACAGCGACUUUUACACUGAUGACGUGACCAGGGCUUGUCUUUUUAUCCCAUCUAUUGAUGUGCUGAAUCAGAACUCCCUGCGCAUCAGAGAGACUGCCCAGGCUCUGUCAAUGCUGCCUAGAUGGGACAAAGGAAUGAAUCAUCUGCUUUUCAACAUGUUACCUGGAGGCCCCCCAGACUACAAUACUGCCUUGGAUGUGCCCAGAGACAGAGCGCUGCUGGCUGGAGGUGGUUUUUCUACAUGGACCUACAGACAAGGUUAUGAUGUCAGCAUCCCAGUUUACAGCCCACUGUCUGCAGAUGUUGAGCUGCCUGAGAAACAGCCUGGGCCACGGCGCUACUUUAUUCUAUCUUCUCAAACCGCCAUCCACCGAGAGUACCGCGCUGAACUGGAGCGCUUGAAGGAAGAAAAUGGGGACGCAUUGCUCCUCCUUGACAAAUGUAGCAACCUCUCCCAGGGUGCCUCCUCUGCACGGAAACGCUGCUACAAGGGGCAGGUGUAUGACUACCCGCAGAUCCUGCAGGAGUCUUCAUUCUGUGUGGUUUUGCGGGGGGCACGUUUGGGUCAGGCUGCCCUCAGUGAUGUGCUUCAGGCUGGCUGUGUCCCCGUCAUCCUCGCUGACUCCUACAUCCUGCCAUUCUCUGAAGUACUCGACUGGAAAAGGGCAUCUGUGGUUAUUCCAGAGGAAAAGCUGUCAGAGAUGUACACCAUCCUAAAGAGUAUUCCUCACAGACAGGUUGAAGAGAUGCAGAGACAGGCUCGCUGGUUCUGGGAAGCCUACUUCAGCUCCAUGAAGGCUAUUGGCUUGACAACGCUCCAGAUCAUCAACGACCGCAUCUACCCAUAUGCUGCACGCACUUAUGAGCAGUGGAACAAUCCACCUGUGGUGAAGUGGACCAGUGUGAACAGUCCUCUGUUCUUGCCACUAAUCCCACCAAGGGCACCUGGGUUCACAGCAGUGGUGCUGACCUACGACCGCGUUGAGAGUCUUUUCCGGGUCAUCACAGAAAUCUCCAAGGUUCCUAGCCUGGCUAAGCUGCUGGUGGUUUGGAAUAACCAGAACAAGAGUCCUCCUGAGGAGUCUCUUUGGCCGAAGAUCGGUGUUCCUCUCAAAGUCGUGCGAACCAAAGAGAACAAGCUGAGUAACCGCUUCUUCCCCUACGACGAGAUCGAGACAGAAGCUGUGCUCGCGAUCGAUGAUGACAUCAUCAUGCUGACAUCUGAUGAGUUGCAGUUUGGCUACGAGGUAUGGAGGGAGUUCCCAGACAGGCUGGUGGGAUACCCAGGCCGGCUACACCUCUGGGACCACGAAAUGGGGAAGUGGAAGUACGAGUCGGAGUGGACCAACGAGGUCUCCAUGGUUCUGACUGGAGCUGCUUUCUAUCACAAGUAUUUCAACUAUUUGUACACGUACAAGAUGCCGGGAGACAUCAAGAACUGGGUGGACGCUCACAUGAACUGUGAAGAUAUUGCCAUGAACUUCCUGGUGGCUAACAUCACAGGCAAAGCCCCCAUAAAGGUGACGCCCAGGAAAAAGUUCAAGUGCCCCGAGUGUACUGCCAUUGAUGGACUGUCCCUGGAUCAGACACACAUGGUGGAGAGAUCUGAGUGCAUCAACAAGUUUGCCUCAGUGUUUGGCACGAUGCCUCUGAAGGUGGUGGAACACCGAGCGGACCCAGUGCUCUACAAAGACGACUUCCCAGAGAAGCUCAAGAGCUUCCCCAACAUCGGCAGCCUCUGACUAGCCACGAACAGAUGUUUGGAACUGGUCACUGCCUCACAACUUUAAGAUUUGUCACCAUCAUCAUCUUUAAUGUCAAGACAUCAACAUUCAGACAGAAGUGCUAAAUGCUCUUGUCUCCUCUCAGUUCGAGUGACUUUCACUUCACGCAGAACUGUGUAGGACGUUAAGUCAAUGUACUGAAUGACAGAGGACACUCAAAUCUGGGUUUCGUGAUAAGUGUGUUUUGUUUUUAUGUAUUCGAACAUUGCAGAACAUUGCAUUUCAUGUUACAGAAACUGCUACUAGUGAAAUCUAUUUAUAUUAGCUUUUUUUUUUGCUUAUUUUCAAAAGUUGUCAAGGACCAGAAUCUUUUUAGCUCCGCUUUAUGGAAAGAAAAAAAACCCAAUACAUUUUUAAUUUACAUUGUAUAUUGUAAAAUAUUUAAUUAACACAUCUAUGUUGGCUUUACCUAAUAGCUUGGUGAAUGUGAUAACAAAGUCAUGGUGGCUAACAGAUGAUGUACACUUAUUGUUUUCACAAACGUUCUGUUUUUCACAAUACGAUCGAACUGACAAAGUUAGCACCAUAAAUCUAAUAUUUAAAGAGAGUAACUGCUAAUUUUAAAAAAAAAAGAAAUGAUGCUGAGCUACUGGAUCAUCUUGAAUUGUAAUUUUAUUCCGCCUGAGCAAGCCUUUCCUCAUAUUUAUAUAAAUAAGAAACGCAGUGGUGCUAACUGAGGCAUCCACCAAGUCAUUUCAUGAGUCGAGUUAUGUUUAUGAGCACUACAUACGAGUAGAAGCAGUGUACAGAACUACUGUAAUGUGAAUAAUGGACAACUACAAAAUCCACAUCUCAGAAAUUAGAUAUGUAUAAAAAUGUUGAUGCAGUACUUUGUUUUUGACCGUUCCUCCUUUUUUUUUUACUUUACCUGUUGUGUGUUCAUAUUUUUGUCCUUUUCCUCACUAAUUGUCCCAGCUCCAGUAUUUAGGCCAUGACAUUGAGAGCAGCAGCGUCUCUUAGGUGUAAACAUUGCCUUUUAUUUGCCUUGUUUUUAUUCUUUUCCUUAAGUCAGUGAAUUGUUUUAAAUUUUUUGACUGAGUUUAUGUAUCUAAGUGUAUAUAUAUCUUUUUAAUACAUGAUAAAUAAAUACCAGGCUACGACGUCUCA